AUGGGUUGCAUUAACAGUACCGAUCAAGACGCGAAAGCGCGAUCGCGAGCCAUCGAUGAGCAGGUAAGAGGUUUGCAAAUUAUUGUUGUUUUGAUGUUUAGGUUUGAUGAAGAAGAAACCCAAAGAUGUUUAAAAAGUUGGAUUAGGAGUUCAUCUCUCUAGUUCAGCCAAAAUCCGGCACGCCGGGUGAUUUCUUCCUACCGAAAUGCACGAAAUUAUAUUACACUAGACUUGUUUUGGUCACUUUUUGAGUUAUUAAGCGUUUUGUAAUAGAUUUUCUAUUAUUAUUGGCGUUAAAAUAAGAGUAGAAGGCCACGUUAGACGUAUUCCAAAGGAUUUUUUGUCAGAAAAUGUAGUUUUUGAACUUGGAUCUACAUCAAUUUAUCAAUUUCAUCUAUCCAAAAAUUUUUACUUUUCUCAAGAAAAUAGCUCUUCAAUUAGCUAAUUACAAUACUUUCAGCUAAAAGCAGACCAUGAGAAGUCGCAACGAGAAGUCAAACUCCUACUUCUCGGCGCCGGCGAGUCGGGCAAGUCGACCAUCGUCAAACAGAUGAAAAUUAUCCACGAAACCGGGUAUUCGGACGAGGAAAGGAAGGCGUAUCGGCCGGUCGUCUACUCCAACACAAUCCAGUCCCUAAUGGCGAUCGUCCGCGCCAUGACGCCGCUGAAAAUACAGUUCGGACACGUGCAGCGAGCCGAGGAUUGCCGGCAAUUCUUCCUGUACGCUCAGUCCAUGGACGAAGGGGAACUUCCGCCCGAAAUGGCCACAAUAAUGAAGCGGCUAUGGACGGACGAGGGCGUACAGUAUUGUCUGGCACGAAGCCGCGAAUUCCAGCUCAACGAUUCGGCCGCCUAUUACUUGAAUUCCCUGGACCGCAUCUCGCAGCCCGGCUACAUCCCAACGCAAGAUGAUGUCCUCCGGACAAGAGUAAAAACCACCGGAAUUGUCGAGACUCACUUUACGUACAAGGAUUUGCACUUCAAGUAAGAGAUUUGUUUUGUUUUUGAUUCGAUUUUUAGGAUGUUUGAUGUUGGAGGUCAACGGUCGGAACGAAAGAAGUGGAUCCAUUGUUUCGAAGGUGUGACGGCCACCAUCUUUUGUGUAGCCCUUUCGGAAUACGAUAUGGUCCUAGCAGAAGACGAUGAAAUGGUAUGGACAGAGAUUUUUAGGGCUUUCAGAUAUUUUUUAUAUUAUACUAGGCAACUAGUAAAAAAUAAGUUUAAUUUGAAUAAAAGUAUUGCGUUCUCCUUUCCAGAACCGAAUGAUCGAAUCCAUGAAGCUGUUCGAUAGCAUAUGCAACAACAAAUGGUUCACGGAAACGUCGAUUAUAUUGUUCUUGAACAAGAAGGACCUCUUUGAAGAAAAAAUCAAAAAAUCCCCACUCACACUUUGUUUCCCGGAGUAUCAAGGUAGGAAAAAGGUUUAGAGAGGCUUGAUGUUGAUUUAGAAUAGCCAGAGGCAGAAGAUUUUGUGGAUUUAAUCGAAAUUUGAGGAUUUUUUUGUGAAUUCCGAUGAUUUUGGUCAAAAUUAAUGUGAAAAUGGAUGUUUUUGAGGAAAUUAUGGGAAUCUUUUCUGUAAAAUGAUUGUGGAUUCAAAUAAAGUUACUUAGACCACAGCAGAACCCUUGGUUUGCCGAUAUUAAACUAAAUUUGACCUUAUUUUAGGAUCAAACACCUACGAAGAAGCCGCCACUUACAUCCAGACCCAAUUCGAAGCCCUGAACAAACGAAAAGACGGCCAGAAAGAGAUCUACGCCCACUUCACCUGCGCCACCGACACAAAUAACAUCCGAUUCGUGUUCGACGCGGUCACGGACAUAAUCAUAAAGGAGAACCUAAGGCAAUGUGGACUGUUCUAG